AUGUACAAUAAAAAAUUCAAGAAAUAUGGCCAAUAUGGGUACAAUAACAAUAGCUAUUCAUCGAGGAGAACUUACGAACCAGACUAUUAUGAACCAUCCAGUCAACCUAAUUAUCAGAGCAGUCAAUCACCGAACUACACUAAUCAACGCUCUGCGAGCCCCCAACCAUCAGAUGAAAACCAAUACCCACCACACUAUCAACAGACAUACCAACAACAUGGACAUAAUGGCCAAACGCCCUCAAACGGUGUCUAUAAUCAAGCGCCAAACUAUCAACAGAAUCAAGGAUACACAGGACAGACAAUACCACAUCCAAGGCAAUCACCUGUACCUUCAACAGCAUCAGCACCAUCUCAUCAACCAGCAUCAAUGCCUUUUCAAUCUCAGCCAUAUCCAGAUCACAUAGAAUCAGAACAUCCUGCAAAGAAACAAAAGACUGAAACUGAACCUUAUCAUACCAAACCCCUCAAAAUUGCACCAAUACCAGAUAGAGGUGAUGGGACACCGCUACUAAGGAGAGAUAUCCACUAUGAAUUCUUACAUAUAUUAUUCAACGAUGGAACAAGGGCAUUUAGUGACCCAUACCCUAAUUCAGAAACUCUUAUAUACGGUGAAUCUAAAACACCAGGUCAUAAGCUUACCUUCUCGGAACUAUACAUGAAAUCAUUGGCACAUAGUAACCAAAUUUCAAGAAAUAUGCGUGCAAGAUUAGCAUCACCAAGAGAUAUAUGCGUACCUCCUAGUAUCGUAUAUUUCCUUUUCAAUAUUGGGAGAUUACUCAACCAAACAUUCAUACCAAGCAUGACAAACAAAAAUUUUCAUUCUAUACCUUGCUUAGAAGUGAAUUAUAAUCCACCAACUGAUUUAGAACCAAAUUAUCAUGUUGAAGGACGCAACCAAUUAGUACAUGAUAUUCCAACUAUAAACUCUUUAUUAAGGGGAAAUAUUGCUCGCACAAAAGAGCCAAAACAAUUUAGUGCAUUGAAUAAAAUAACGAAAAGACCUAGAACUACUGUUAUAAAUUUACUUUUAAUGUUUAAAGAACACCAAAAUGAUAUUAAUAACUUAUUUUUCAAUAAAUGUGAUUAUAAAUAUGCAGAUAUUUUUAUGAACCAUAAAUUCAAUCCAUUGAAAAGAGCUCAAUUAUUUCUCUGGUUGGUAUUUGCAUAUUUAGAAACUGACGUGAGCGUUCAAGCUCAAAACAUAAAUCCAUUUGGUCAACUGCCUCCAGUGUUGGUGAAGACUAAUCGUGAUUAUGACAUUGAACAACCUCAAGAAAUCGAAUUUGCAGAAUACUCUAAAAGGAUUAGAAAUGAAUGCAAAAAUGGUAUAUAUAAAACGGGUUCAGCAAAUCAACAGCAACCAGGAGCAGUUUCAACAGCUCAAGCAACACAAGUACAAACAGCUCAGAUAAUUAGUAAGUUUAACGAAAAUGAAGGGAAAUGUUUCACCAGAAAGGACAUUCAAUAUGAAUUUUUGAUGUUUUUGUUCGAAAAUGAUGUUCGUGCCUUCACAGAUCCUUUUGGAGAUAAUGGUAUUAAAUUACAUACAGAACUUUCCACAAAGAGAAACAAGUUGACAUUCGCUGAAUUAUACAUAAAAUCUUUAGCCAACAGCACAGCUUGCCCAAGAUCGUUGAGAAAGAAGCUUACAGGAACCAAAGAUGAGUUUUUAGCACCUGUCUGUAUUUGUUUUUUAGUUCAUACCGGAUUGAUUGACGUUCAGACAACAUUUGAUACACAUGGUAGUAUAACAAGAAUUUUUCGCUCUAUACCAUGUUUACAACUAAGUCACAAAUCUGAAGAAAGAGAUGCAAAUGGUAAUCCUUUCAUGGUUACAGAGACUGCUUCAUUGAAUUCAGUUUUGAAAUCUGCAUCAAAAGAUGAUAAAGCAUCAAGCUUGAAAUCAUUGAAUUAUAUGAAAAAAAAUCCAAGAACAACGGUGGGUAAUGUUUUGUUUUUAUUCAGGAAGUAUGAGGACGAAGUAAACAAACAAUUUUUCAAUGAUUCAAAGUACAAAUUUUCUGAUAUUUUGAACAACCAUGGAUUAAAUCCUCAAAAACGUGCAGAUCUUUUUUUGUAUUUAGUCUUUUUUUAUUUGGAGACCGCACCAAACACAGAAAAUCCUUUUAUAUUCCAAAUAAUGGACUUUGCAGAAUAUGAUUCAACAUCUUACGAUAUUGAUACUGAAGAAGAAAAAAAUCAUGCCCAAAAGCUUUACCAACAAAGAUCUGAAUUCAAGCUUGGUCAAGGAAUUGCCAUGAACGAAUUACAGCAUAUGAAUAUCGAUUAUCAAGGUGCAGGUAAAGACAAAAACGUUGGUAAUAAAGAGAGUUCACCAGAUGAUAUUAAAGGUACAGCUCAAAACUUUUUGGCUGGUAUAUUGAGUGAAUUGCAAAGUAGUAAUUCUAAUGGAACGGAGGGAGCAACGGAAAGUGAAAAAAAUAUUGAAAAUGGAGAAGUACAGGUAAGAAUAACAUCUGAAUCAAGUACUUCUACUGUCAAUAACAAUGAUCAAAGAGAUAGUCUUGGGAAACAACAAGAUCAGACAGAUGUUGAAUCACAACCAAGCCAAAAACCUCAAAACUUACAACCAAGAAAGAAAGAAUCUCAAUCUAAAGCUGAAAAAGUCGAACUUUUAGAGUCAAUUAAAAUGGAUACAGAUUCACCUCAUCAAAUUUAUAUAAAGCUACCGGAACUGAUAGAUGAUAAGGUAAGUGUCAAUGAUGCUUUGAAUCAUAUCUCCAGUACACUUUCAAACCAUUAUUGUGUAUAUUUUGAAGAUGAUUGA